AUGCCGAUCGUGUCUAUUUCUCAAUCGGUUUUAUUCCGCAAACUUCAAAAGGAAUAUUCACAAGAAGAAUUUGAAGAAUUAUGCUUCAGUUAUGGUCUCGAACUGGACGAAGUUGUAACCGAAAAAGAACUAGUUACUAGAGAAAAGGGAAAGGAAAAGUCUAGAGGGUGUAGUACUGAGCCCGUUUAUAAGGUUGAAAUACCUGCUAAUCGUUAUGAUUUACUUUGUCCUGAGGGUUUAUCUCGAGCUCUUAUGAUAUUUGAAUCAAAGAUUAAGCCUCCGGUUUUUGUCACCAAGAAACCUCAAAAUCUAAUUCAGUUGCAUGUUUUGCCGUCGACUCAAAGUGUUAGACCUUUUGUCGUUGCUGGUGUAUUAAGAAACAUUGUGCUGGAUGAGUUUAGGCUCAAUAGUUUCAUCGACUUACAAGAGAAGCUCCACCAAAAUUUGUGCAGAAAACGAUCUUUAGUGGCCAUUGGAGCGCAUGAUUUGGACACUUUAAAUCCACCUUUCUUCUAUGAUGCUAAAUGUCCUAAAGAUAUUCGCUUUAAAGCGUUGAACAAAACUGAAGAGCAUAGUGCUGAAGAACUAAUGCAAAUAUUUUCUAGUGAUUCACAUUUAAAACAAUAUCUCUCAUUAAUUCAAGAUAAACCUAAAUAUCCAAUUAUUUUCGACAGUUCCAAUACUGUUCUAUCAAUGCCUCCAAUAAUAAACGGUGAACAUUCUCGUAUUUCUACUAAAACACGAAACGUUUUUAUUGAAGCGACUGGAACUGAUUUACACAAAGCUAUUGUUGUUCUCGAUACACUUAUCACAAUGUUCUCAGAGUAUUGUGAGGAACCAUUUACCGCUGAAUCUGUCGAAGUUAUUCAACAUGAUGGCAGUCGUUUUUAUAUCCACGUCUAG